AUGACAGCCCAGAUGGAUUUCACAUCACUACCCUUUCAAAGGAAUGAAGAUCUAGACUUCCUACAUGGUGCCCUAUCUUUUGCAGUUCACUCAAAGGAAGUUUUGGGAUUCCAGAAAUUUCUCCAGAAGAGAAGAGCAUUCUCUGACCAACAAGAUGGUUUUAUUCAGGUUUUCUGGGAGGAGGCCUUUGAAUGUUUCCUUCCCAGCUCCAAGAUUCACAAGCAAGAUGAAGCCAUCUGCAAUGGACUGGAAGAGCUAGAGACACUUCCUUCAUCUGUUUUUGAGAUGGACAUGACUGCCAACAGCUAUAGUAUCUACAACACAGUCCAUAUUAUAGCACAUGCUUUGCAUAACAUGCUUUCAUCUGAAUUGAAGCACAUGGCAAGAAUACCUGAAGCAGGAGUGAAGCUACUAGAUCAAGACCUAUGGCAGACACAGCCCCUUUCUCUUUGUAAUGCCAAAUGCAAUUCAGGUUAUAGAAAGGCUGCGAAGGAAGGGCAGGCAUUUUGCUGCUAUGAUUGUAUCCCAUGUCCAGAAGGGAAGAUUUCCAACCAGAAGGAUUUGGAUGAGUGCUUUCAGUGUGCACAAGAUCACUAUCCAAAUGAGGACCAAGAUUCCUGCCUUCUGAAAAAUACAAACUUCUUGUCUUAUAAAGAAACCCUGGGGAACACUUUGGCCAGCUUUGUGGUUUGUUUUUCCACCAUUACCAUUCUGGUGUUAUCGAUUUUCAUUAAACAUAGUGAUACUCCCAUUGUGAAAGCUAACAAUAAAAGCCUCACCUACUUUCUUCUCAUCUCUCUCCUACUCUCUUUCCUUUGUGCUUUGCUAUUUAUUGGUCAGCCUCAUCAAAUUAUAUGCCUUCUUCGACAGACAACAUUUGGCAUCAUCUUCUCUGUGGCAGUUUCGAGCAUCUUGGCAAAGACUAUCAUUGUAGUUCUAGCUUUCAUGGCUACCAAGCCAGGGUCUGGAAUUAGAAAAUGGGUGGGGAAGAGACUGGCCAUUCCUAUUGUUUUUUCUUGCUCUUUUAUUCAAACCACUAUUUGUAUUGUAUGGCUAUUGACCUCUCCCCCAUUCUUAGAUGUUGACAUGUAUUCUAUGCCAAAGGAAAUUGUAUUGAUAUGUAAUGAAGGGUCAGCUAUCAUGUUCUAUUGUGUCCUUGGUUUUAUGGGCUUCCUGGCAAUGUUCAGCUUCAUGGUGGCUUUCCUAGCCAGGAGGUUACCUGACACGUUCAAUGAAGCCAAAUUUAUUACCUUCAGCAUGUUGGUCUUUUGCAGCGUCUGGCUGUCCUUUGUUCCAACAUACCUGAGCACAAAGGGGAAAUAUAUGGUGGCCGUGGAGAUCUUCUCCAUUUUGUGCUCCAGUGCUGGGUUACUGGCUUUUAUCUUCUUCCCAAAAUGUUACAUUAUUGUGGUGAGGCCUGAUUUAAACAACAAGGGACAGCUAAGAAGAAUAAUUGAAGAAGUUAAAGAUAGCCAUAA